GAAAAUGAAUGAAAUCAAGGAGAGCCUACGGAACAUUGAACAGACGUACAAAAUCUUCCAGCAGCAGCAAUUCACCUUCAUUGCUGCCCUGGAGCAUGUCCGGGAGAAUGCCCAUGAUAAAAUUAAGCCUGUGUCUAGCAUCGGGCAGGUGCAGACUUACAUGGAGCACUACUGCAACAAUUUGACCGACAAGCGGAUCCUCAUGAUGUUUCUGAACAUCUGCUGUGAAUUGAACAAGCUUUGCAGCAGGUUGGAGUCCCUGCAUCCUGGAAACAGCACAACCAAUGCGCUUCUGGAGAAAUGCAAGAUGUAUGUCAGCCAGAGCAACGACCUCAGCGGCCUCCGAGCCAAAUAUCCGCACGAUGUGGUGAACCAUCUCAGCUGUGACGAAGCCAGAAACCAUUAUGGUGGUGUGGUGAGCCUCAUCCCCAUCGUCCUGGACUGCAUGAAGGAGUGGGUGGCCCACACAGAAAAACUCCCACGGAACAUGUUGCAGAGCGUGAGUGCCCGCAAAGCGGCCAUCCUCCAGCAGAUAAACUUGCCAACUCGGAUCAGGAAGGGCUUCGACCUCUCAGGCCGGCCCACCUUCGUCACUGAGGCCUGCCAGACCUCGCUUAGUUUGAUGGAUAAGGCUCAGGAGCGGGAGAAUAGGCAGGCGGCUAAAAUAAAGGAGAUGGGUGGCCUUGGGCGAGCCAUUCACAAAUUCCUCGACAGGCCCUGGAAACCACCUGGUAAAAAUGCUUUUUGAAAAAAACAAAACAAAACAGAACAAAAAAAUGAGAGAGAGCUGGCAGGGGGAAGGAAACAGCACCACCCACACUUGCAUGGCAUCUAGAAAUUAAAAUAGUCUCCCUGGAUUUGCUUCAGCGAUGGCCUUUUCUGAGAAUGGUGCAGAAAAGACCAUGCUUGGUUGUAUCAAUCAGCUGUGACCCUUCCCUUUUUAGCCAGC